CUUCCUAACCUAACAACACUUUCUCUCUAAAAUAACCACUUUCUCCCCCCUACCCUCUUGUUAUUUUGUAUUUGGUUUUUAUUCAUAUAAAAAACAACAAAUGCAAGAGAAAACAUGGCUGCCUGUAAAAGCCUUCAACACAUCUUUGAUAUUCCAUUAGACCCUUUACCACCCCUAUCUUCAUGUAAACGCAUUACGCCCACGGAACCGCUUGAUAAUUCACCAACAGACGUUUUUUCAGGAUUCAGUAUCAACGAGAAAAGUGACGCAACUUCAUCCCUUGAUCAUAAUUCCGAGAGUUUAUCAGAAACCCUCGGGAUUGAGAGCUUUGAUGAUGUUGAAAAAUUAAAUGAGCAAUGGGAACAAAGAUACGUGCAUACAACAAAGCAUGCGAAAUCAAGAAUCUCAGGUGAAAAGAAGAGAUCCAGGAUUAGUGGCAAGGAAAUUCCACCACCAAUUUCUUCUAUUGGGAGGCGGGUGUGUUUUAAAUCUUAUCGAUAUAAUGGCAGGCUCAUUCUUAAGGAGGAAAAGAUCCCUGCGCAUGAAAUCUUGCAUGCGUACAGAGAAGAUGGAAGAUUAAAGUUGCAGUUUAUCCCGUUUGAUGAUGAAGUAGAGGUUGAAAAGAAAGACAGAACCAAAAAUGGUAGAGGUAAGGGUAAUGAUAAUAUGAAGGAAAGGGAUAUUAGGGAAGAAUGAUCAUAAGAGCAGCAUUAAGGUUAAUCAAGUGCCAAUUUGUAAAGUUCCAAUCGCAUCUAUUUUAAACAACUAGCAAUUUUCUUCAUGAGCUGAAUGAUAAAUACAUACAUGUCAUGUU